AUGGCUUCCAGCACCGCCACCCUGAGCAGCAUCUCCCACAAUGCCAGCGUCUGCCCUCCUCACCACCCACCCCGGGCGGCCAGCGUGAUGCUCUGUCUGUUCUACACGGCCCUCCUGGUCUUCAGCACCCUGGGGAACACCCUGGCCCUCUUCCUCGCCUGCCAAAGGGGCAAGAAGAGCAACUCAACCAACGUCUACUUGGUCCACCUGGCGGUGUCCGACCUCCUGUUCACCCUGGCCCUGCCUGGGAAGAUCGCCUACUACGCGCUGGACUUCAGCUGGCCCUUUGGGGAGGGGCUCUGCAGGCUGACGGCGUUCAUGUUCUACUUGAACACCUACGGGGGCGUCUACCUCAUGACGUGCGUGAGCGUGGACCGCUACCUGGCCGUGGUCCGCGCCCACCAGCGCCCCCGGCUCCGCCGCGCCGGCCGGGCGAGGCUGGUGUGCGUGGCUGUCUGGGCCCUGGCGGUCCUGCAGACGGCGCCGCUGCUCCUGAUGACCAUGAGCAUCCCGGUGGCGGGCAGGGUCACCUGCAUGGAGUACGACAGCGUCCAGAAGGUCCUCCGGCUGUCCCCCAUCCUCCUGGGGGCUUGCGUCGUGGGCUUCUGGGCGCCGGCGGGGGUCAUGCUGUUUUGCUACGUGAAGAUCACCCUGAAACUGUGCCGGACGGCCCGGGACAACCCUCUGACCAGCGAGCGAGGGCACCACCGGCGGGCCUGCCUGCUCACGCUGGUGGUGCUGGUCGCCGUGGUGCUGUGCUUCAGCCCCUACCACCUCAAUGUCACCCAGUUCUUGGUGAGGCAGAUGCUUUACCUGCCGUCCUGCCCCGAGCAGAGGGCCUUCCGGGUGUCCCUGCAGCUCACCGUGUCCCUCAUGAACACCAACUGUGCCAUCGACCCCCUCAUCUACUUCUUCGCGUCCACACGCUACCGGGAAUGGCUCCUCGGCGUCUUAAAACUCAGGGCGUCAGCAUCCUCCUCCUCUUCUUCCCCAAAGAGAACUUCCUCAGAAACACAAAGUACCACCAGGCUGGAGGCCCUGCCCUCAGAGGAGAAUAAAGUCUAA